UCGCAUUGAGAGGAAAAGUUGAUGGUACGAAGUUCACAGAACUUCGUGGAACAGAUUGGAGCGAAUUUCCAGGGUGUUAGCGCACGCGUUGGCGCUACUCGAAUCUCGUGCCUAGCCAAAGAAAGGCCUAAACAUUUCCGAUAACUCAACUGACGAUUAUUACCCAAAAAAAUCAUGUCAGUUACUAAGUCAGAUCUUAGCAGUCAAGCCAUUAUGGAGUUCGGCGUACAGUGUUCACAGGGCUGUCAAGCUCGAAAGCGAUAUCAACGCUUGCGAGUUAACAGUGCCUUACAGCCUCAUCGAUCCACAACGAAACCUCGAGAAAUUUGGUACAGAGAAAUACGAAAUUCACAAAGAGAAUCGACUGAAAUACCCAUCGAAAUCUGCGAUUACGGAACCUCCAGAGAACCUCAACAGCGUCUUCCGUGCUUCUGGGGCGUACAAGCUCAAGGAAGGUUUUACACCAAGCGACUGUCCCGAGUUACUCGGUGUAGAAAGCGAGAAUCUCAAUACUGCAAAUGGUCAGUUUAACCGAGAUAUUGACUUGGAACAACUAACGGACAAAACGUUCUACGAAGACUUCCCUGUCUUGCGAGAAACAGCUUCAACAAAGUCUGAAGAACCCCCUUCAUCUUCUCUUUCCUUGACCAACACAUUGGAUGAGAUGGAGACUGAUAAAAUCAUGGGGGAUGGCUUCUUCGAGGAGUACAUGGACCUCAGCUUGUUUCCUGGACUGGACCUGGACUUGCUUGGUUCAAGUCAGGCCCUCCCUGAUAUCUGUCCAUCAAGCAUGAAUGACGUCUGUCAGUCAGCUAUUGACAACGUUCAGGAACUUGAGGAUAUCAUUGCAGAUGAGCUUCCCGCCUUCCUGUUCCAGGAGGGUGACGGCCCAGAUCUUGAUGUCAAGGUUGAAGUCAUUGAUGAAGCUCCUAGUCCAAUUGAUCAGGAGAUAACAGAGCUUCUCUCCAGUUGCUUGUCGUCUCCUGUAAGUGAUAUUUCCGACUCUGCUGCAUUUAGCAUCCCUGCAGUGGACGUUGAAAACACAGAAGUGGAAGUUGAAGAUUUACUCAAAAUCCUUGCAGCAGAUCCAGUUACAGAAGCCAUACAAGUUAUUGCUGCUGUGCAAGAACAUUCUACCAUUGAGGUAGAACAGCUUGGGUUUGCUAGUGCAGCAUCGCUAGGCCCUAGCAUCAGUGCUGAAUGCCCUGCAAUUACAAAAACCGAAAAAGAGAACCAGAAGUGUAGAAAAAGAAAGUGUCCCACUUCUGAUGACGAACUACCAGCCAAGAGGAUAAAUACCUUCUCAAGGGACACAAAGGCCUCAACAUCUAUUGACAAAGCCACAGAAAGGCGGAUAAAAAACAACAUUGCAUCACGCCACACCAGAGCAGCUCGAAGACAACGAGAGCAGGAGCUGUUUGAAAAAGAGGAAUAUCUAAAGAAAAAUAAUGAGGAACUUAAACAACAGAUUGUUGAGCUUACAAAGGAGACUGAGAUUCUAAGAAAACUUGUUAUUCAAAGACUAAGUAGUGUAAAUUCUGCGUAAAGUGAUUAUUUGUAUUUGUUGAUUGUAUCCAUGAAACCUCUGGGCUGAAAGAGGGAGCAUUUUUUUUGUCAAUUAUCUUCCAUUAUAUUAUAAAAUUGUGUUUCAUUGUAACCCCCUUCUGCACCAAUUGUACCAUCAAUUGUAAACAUUUAAUAAAGACUAAAAUAUUUAAAAAAA